GUGAGAAGUUACGUCAUCACGUUUUAAAAGGAGAGCGCGCAUUGCGUCGUUUUUUUUUUUUUUGAAGGUAGCGCGAGACCUCUCCAAGUCAAACCGACGGUCGUAUUAUAGAUUAUAACCUCCUGAGAAAACGGUCUCUAUCAUGGACGCUUCAUCUCCGCUGCCCGAGCUGCCUCAGGAAAGCAUUGAGGACGUGUUAGAGCUGACCAAGGACUUGGAGAUUAUUAUAGACGCCGUUGAAAAUAUGUCAGUGCAGCUGACUUGGAUGGGUUAUGACAUGGUGGCAGUGCGGACCAGUCCUGAGCUUGGGGUCUCCAUGCAGAAACUGGAAGAAGCCUUUCAUAGAUGUAAAGCUUUUAUCUGUGGAGACCAAGAGCCUACUGCCACAACACCUACACGGAUGUAAUAUUAGACAUUUCUGAGUACUGCACUGAGAAUGAGUGAAAAGGGCUGAUAAAGUUUGUAAAUAUUGUUUUAAAGUAAAUGCUGAAAGCACUGUUUUCAUUAUAACCUUACUGUGGAUAAAGCAGGUUUUUGGACUGAUUUCUGCUCUCUGACUGUUUGCUGUAAAACAGAAUGUUUAAUUCACAAAUGCGAAGCAUGCGCCUCUUUUUGUUGUUUGUUGUAUUAGCAUGGCCUGCAGAUUUGUUUGUUUUGAAGUUUGGAAGAGUUCUGAUCUAUUAGGCUGUUAAAUUGUACAAUUAAAAAAUGUAAAAUGAGAA